UUCACUCCCCUUUCACUUUAUCUGUAACACUCACACUAUCUCUCUGUACUAGAUCAGGAAAUUAAUAAGUGCACAUGGCGAAAGAAGUUGAAGUGGCCGAGCCGGGUUCUUUCUCGGCAAAGGACUAUCACGACCCACCGCCGGCUCCACUCAUAGAUCCGGCGGAACUCACUCAAUGGUCCUUCUACAGGGCCGUAAUCGCAGAGUUCAUAGCCACCUUGUUGUUCCUCUACAUCACCGUCCUAACCGUCAUCGGUUACAAAAGCCAAACCGACCCACUUAAGCCCGGCACCAAUGAAUGCGACGGCGUUGGAAUCCUAGGCAUUGCCUGGGCCUUCGGCGGCAUGAUCUUCAUCCUCGUUUACUGCACCGCCGGAAUCUCCGGAGGACAUAUUAACCCAGCAGUAACAUUCGGUCUGUUCCUGGCACGAAAGGUGUCGUUGGUCCGUGCUCUUAUGUACAUGAUAGCACAGAGUGCCGGUGCAAUCUGUGGGGUGGGAUUGGUCAAGGCAUUCCAAUCGUCUUACUACGUAAAGUACGGUGGCGGGGCUAACUCGGUUGCGCAAGGCUACAACACGGGUACGGCGGUCGGAGCCGAGAUCAUCGGCACCUUUGUUCUUGUCUACACCGUCUUCUCAGCCACCGAUCCCAAGAGAAACGCAAGAGACUCCCAUGUUCCUGUAUUGGCUCCACUUCCAAUCGGAUUCGCUGUAUUUAUGGUUCACUUGGCGACCAUACCCAUCACCGGAACUGGAAUUAACCCGGCCCGGAGUUUCGGGGCAGCAGUCAUCUACAACGAUAAGAAGGCGUGGGAUGACCAUUGGAUAUUCUGGGUUGGACCAUUUGCUGGGGCAGCUGCAGCAGCAAUCUAUCAUCAGUUUAUUCUAAGGGCAGCAGCCAUCAAGGCUUUAGGAUCAUUCAGAAGCAAUGCUUAAUAAUAAUAAUAAUAUUUAUUAUUAUUAUUAUUUAAGCCACCAUUCUCCAUCUCAAUAACAAAUUAGGGUUUCCCCUUCUCAUCUUGCCUCUACACGUGUCAAGAUCUGGAAGGGUUGCUCAGAAUUGUAAAUUUAUCAUCCCCACUCCCCAAAAAAAAAAAAAAAAAUUAUGUUUGUGUAUUUCUUUCUUUAUUAUUAUUCUCUUUUAUUUUCAUGAUCAUGUAUUUGGUGGAUCCUUUAUUUGAGUGUAAUUUAUCAUGUUAUUUC